AUGGAGAAUAUAAACGCUUUUCAAGAUGCCAUUAAAAAAUACGGCGUUCCGACGACUGACAUCUUUCAGACUGUCGAUCUGUUUGAGAAGAAGGACAUUGCACAAGUUACGCAAUGUCUCUUUGCUCUUGGCCGCACAUGCCAGACGCAUUCCGACUACACGGGCCCGGGGCUGGGACCAAAGCUUGCCGUGGAGAACAAACGCGAAUUCACCGAGGAACAGAUAAAAGAAGGACAAAAUGUUAUCAGCCUACAGUACGGAACAAACAAGGGCGCCUCUCAGGCCGGCAUGUCAAUGGGCAAACAGCGAAUGAUCAACGAUUAA